GAUACUUCAGCAGUUGAUUCUACAAACAAUAUUAAAAGUGUGAGAAGAAGAAUUUUAAGAUUCCGCGGCGAUGUUUGGUUUUAAAUAAGUAUAAAACGAUUUUAUUUAUAUGCCGAAUACUUUUUUCCGAGCAGAAAUGCAUUUUAACAAGUAUAAAGAUAAACAUAAUCAACAGUCGAGUUUGUCGUCUACUUUUAUUACCGCUCCCAAUGAUAAAACGCUAAUAAUGGCGUCUAAAGAGAAGAAGGAAAACAUAAGAAUGGGCAAACAGACGGCAUCUGUGUACGCAGCGAAGAUAAAGACCAAGAUACACAGUACGAUAUGCUAAACAGAUUUACCUGUAUGCAUUACUACUAGUAGUUUGUGUUACUGGUGUCAAAUUGUGAGUUGGCAAGUGGCCUUCUUCAUUAUCUCUCAGAUACCUCAUCAUUCUUCAAGCUUUCUUUGAAAAGUAACAACAAGGCUCUGGCUCUAGCUCUAGUAGCUCAGAAGCAGAAGAGCAGAGAGCUGGAGGCAGAGGUGGUGCGACUGAGGAAAGAAGCGCAGAAGACUCAUUUUGAUCUCGCUCAACAGCGUCACAGAAACAAACAACUGUUAUUUUCUUUUUUCGGACUCUAGUUUGCCAUUAUACGAGAGUUUUAUGACUCUUCCCUUAACUGGAUGACAAAGGCAGUUGAUAUUUUUUGCAAUGAGGAGGAUCCAGACUCUGAACACAACACCAGUGAAGACCAAAUGAUUGAAAUAGAGAAAGAGGUUGGGAGUCUGCAAGGCGAACCAUUGUGUCCACAGCAGGAUUAUGAGAAUUCUGAACCAGUGAAUACAGCCGUUGAUGAUCCCAGCCAAGAAAGUGACAGUCCAGCACAGCAAAACACCAUAUAUGACUCUGAAAUGGAGGUGUCCAUUAGUGACACUGCAGCUAAAAUAGUAACAGUUGAAACAAACGCAAGAAAAACCUCUAGAGUUACAGAGGAACAUCAGGAAAAGGAUUUGUGUCUGUCAGAAAAGGGUAGCGAGGUUAUAUCUGCAAAGGUGGACUCACCAGUUGAAUCUAUUAGGUCAGACUAUACAUCAGCUGUGUCUAAAGAGACGGCCCCUAUGACUCCGCAGUGCUCUCUCACUGUUCAGAUAGAGGUGGAGAAUGAGCAGCAAACAGAGUCAAUAACUGCACGCAGGAAGACUCAUGUCACCUCUCGUUGUACCAAAAGUAGGAGUCGUACAUGUAAACGGAAAGAACCAAACCCAGAUCCUAGAAAAACAUAUGUAAUCUCCCAAGAUCCUCCUAAUGACAUUUUUAAAGAUAGUUUUAGUGAUCUCGAGCUUCAGAAUUCUGAAAGAAACAAGGCAAUUGAAAAUACUUCAAGUAAAGCUGUUAAAAACAAAGCUAAAGAGUCCCAUGCUACCCAGGAACCCAGGAGAACCUUUAUAGAUCAAGAUGAGCUAAGACCUCAGAAGAGCAAGAAGACCAAAGUCUUGUCCAUUAUGAUGGAUCAAAGUUUAUCUGAUGUGCAUGAAAAUGUUCAGUCUGCCAGUACUCUUUGCUUGGAGUCUGCUGGUACUGAUGAGCAUAUCGUUGAGACCGCUGUUCAAAAACAUAAAAACAAAACUGCAGUACACCCACUUUCUCAGUCUGAAAAGUGCGAGACACAGAAAAACAAAGGGACAUUUAUGAUACAGGCAAGUCAAUUAUUAAUCAGCAGGAAUUCAUUUAUGAAUGAAACCAAUAAAUUAGAGGAUCCCAGCAGACUGGAAGGUUUACAGGAAGUAAUAUCAGAAACCCAAAUAACACCUCUCGAUAUUAAUUCAGAUAAUGUUGCACAACAGCACAAGGAGCCAGAGCAUGAUUUUCAUAAGAUAUUGACAGAAAACACCUAUCAUCCAGAAUGUUCACAAGAGGCGAAUACCAGCCUUGUACAGAAACUCUCUGAAUUAAUGCCAUCAGUGACUGGUAAAGCCAAAAAACAAAGAAACGAGGGGGAAGACAAAAUAAAAAAGAAGAAUGCUGUAUCAAGAGAAAAACCCAAAGCAUUAACAAAGAAACAAAACAGUCAUCCUGUGAGUAUGGAUGAAAACGUGUUGACUGGAAGGCAAUAUAUGAAUGAUCUUCAGAAUGGAGCAGGAGGCAGUUCUUUGUCUAAUACUUUACAGUUACCAGUAAUAUCUCACUACUCAGUAUCAGAGGAGGGCUUCAGGGAUGAGCGUAAUGCUGUAACCCUUGGAAUAAGCUCUGUUUCCUCUGUUGACAAGCUCGAUCAAGUUGACCAUAUUAACACGGACUCUUUUAGCAUAAAUCUAGAUGAAACCAACCAAGCUCUCGAGGACAGGUGCAGGAAAACCUAUGUUGUUUCAUCUUCACAUAAAUCCCUCAUUAAGGAAAAGACUGACAGUGGAGCUUCCAGUGACAUUUCUGAACAUGAUCUUUUUACUAAUGAAAUGGAUAAUGUUUCAUCUGUCAUGAACAGAACCAUGUUUGUCGUGGAAGAAUUUAAUGUGACUUCAGAUGGUUUUAGUGGACACACAAAUAACCUUCAAUUCACAGAGGAGAGACCUCCCUGGGAGACCCUUGAUGGUUACACAGAAACACUCUCAGAUGAAAGCUCUGCCCACAGCCCUCAACCAAAGACCCACUGUCAAACUAUGGACAUUUACCAGGACCAGGACUCAGACUUGAGGCACCAAGCUCCAGAAGAAGGUAGGGUUAUGAAGAGUCUAACAAAUACAGAGCAUAACACAGAUUUUGGGAAAACACGUAGAAGAGCAGCACCAGUCUCUUACAAAGAGCCAGCUCUCAACUGCAAGAUGAGGCGUGGGGACAAAUACUCGGACACAAAAUUCUUAAACUCUCCAGUGUUCAAAGACAAAAAGAAGAAGAAAUGAACAUAGUGAUAUUCCCAUUUAUUGAUUUCAGACCUUCAUUAGUUUUUUCUCAUUACUUUGACUUUUUUUAUGUAAUGCAAAUGUUAAAUAGAUUGAUAUUAAAGUAUUAAUUUUAAUCACAGCUGUUAAUUUGCCUUUAUAGCUAAUUUUUGAAUAUAUAGGAAAUAUUGUUUUUAUUUUAUCAUUUUAAUGGUUGAUAAAGAGAACCCUUACAGGUCGUAUACAGGAAAUUUGAGUCUGUGUGUUAUGUAACCAAGCACUGGCCGACAGUGUUAUAGUAAUUGAAGUACUGAAUUAAUCAUUUAGAAGACCGUUCACCUGAGAUGACCACAAUUCUGAGAUCGAGUAGGAGUGUCUGUUUAACCAGUUUAUAUUGACUGAAUAUAGUUAACUUAUUGUGCUGUUGGUAUCUGAGUUUUAGGUAAGUGUCAAUGAGGUUUCUUUGUUUAAAUAAUUUCUGUGUUUUCGUGAAAAAUUAUAAAUUUCUAUUUUUAGAGGUGAUCAGUCUUAGGAAAAUGCAUUGAAUUUAAAUGUUAUGAGCUUAUAGUCACAUACUGUUUUAUUAUUAUUAAUUAUUUAAUUCAGUAUUUAUUUAUUUAUUUUUUAGAGAAUCCAACUUGUAUAUUUCAAAUGUUAGUCUCAUCAGAUUUGGUAAUCGAACACUUGUGAGACAUCCUCUCUCACUUUUCCUGUUAGAAGCCAAAAUAUAGUUGGCUUUCUGUGUUUAGUGUUGCCCCUGGCAGAGGAUUAACUACAAGGUAAAGUUAUGCUUUUUAUACGUGUUUUUUAUUAUUAUUUGUAAUGUUUCUUUUUGCUAAUGUUGCUGUUUUAAUGGGAUUUCUGAUAUUGUUCCCGACUACAUUUUGAAAUAAAGAGUUUCAAAUAGA